GCGGACUUUCGCUCCACCUUUCGCCGAGCAACCAUUUUCCACAUGUUUCCUAGCGACGAGCUUGCGAGGUUGGUAAGAGAUGUAUUUGUAUGCAUUCUUACGUGGUGGCUGGGCUGGCCUUCAGCCGGCGCGCAACCAGCGCCAGCAAAGCGGCCUUCACAGCGGAGCUCAUGCGCAAGUCGCCGCUGGCGGUACCGCUCCAGCGCGGUCAGGCUGUCCUCACGGUUCACGUGCCAGUGGACACCCGGCCCAUCAUUCCGGGCACCUACACCGUCACGGUCAAGAUGGUAGGGGGCCCUGUGUGGGGGGCUUUCCGCGGUCGCACCGAUUUGGUGCUGCAGGCGGGCGGCUAUCCCACCACCUCGGACUCCUCUAACCUGGCGUGUGCUUAUGUGGUCUCAGAGCAGUGCGCCAAAUCGGUGGGCCCCAAGGGGGAGCCCCAGGCCCCCGCAGGCCAGGGCAUCACCAACCACAUCUUUGCCUGUGUGCGGGGCCCCAUCUGGGACCCGCAGCUCUCUCACCUGCACUGUGCCAAGUUUGAGAUGCCCGGUGAGGAGCCCAUGCAGGUGGAGGUCCGUGGCGCCCCCCAGGCAGCUGGGACAGCCACGACAGCUGCGGCAGGCAGCCCUGCUCCGGCUGCAGCCGGGGUCGCCGACCUGGGUGGCGACACCUUGGGUGGGGUGAGGCCCGCGGCUGCCAUGGCGACCGCAGCGGACAUCGUUGACCAUGUAGGGGACGUGCAGAUGCAGGAGGCGGCGGGUUUGGGUGACGCGGCGGCUGCAGCUGGUGGCGCCAGUGGGCCACUCAGCGGGGCCCCGCCCCUGCUGCCAGUUCUGGUGGCGGGGGGAAGCAACCGUGCUGCUGCGGCUGCCCUGCGGGCCACGCUGCAGCAGCAGCCCUCUUCUCAGCAGCGGGUGGCAACGGGAGGGCUUAGCGGGGUCCAGCCGGCGGAGGGCGUGGGGGGGCCGCCGGCGGCCAGGCCUCGCCCUGCCGGUGCUGGGCCGGCUGACGCGCAGCAGCAGCACAGUGGCGCUCCCGCGCCACGGCCGCCCUUGGAUCAGCAGGCAGCCGCCGGGCAGGAUCAGGAGCAGUCCGCUGUGAUGCGGCGGUACUUGGCCGAGCUGGCGGAGCUCAAUCUUCAGCGGCAACAGCGGUUACAGCAGCAGCAGCAGCAGGAGCUGCAGCGCCAGGGGCAGUCACCCAGGCCCCGGACCGGCUCCCAGGUUAUGGUCCUGGCCACGCUGGGGGGACAGGACGGGGCGGGCGGUGGCGCUGGCAGGGCGGCGUCACGGCGUGGGCAACGUGUUGACAUAGUUGACCACGUGGGGGACGUUCAGAUGCAGGAGGCGGCGGGUGUGGGUGACGCAGGGGCUGCCGCGGGUGGCGCCAGCGGACCACCCGCUGUGGCCUCGCCCUCGCUGCUAGCUCUGAUGGUGGGGGGAAGCACCCGGGCUGCUGCGGCUGCCCUGCGGGCCGAGCGGCAGCAGCAGCCCUCUUCUCAGCAGCGGGUGGCAGCGGGAGGGCUUAGCGGGGGGCAGCCGUCAGCAGGCGUGGGGGGGCCGCCGGCGGCCAGGCGUCGCACUGCCGAUGCUGGGCCGGCUGGCGUGCAGCAGCAGCCCAGUGGGGCUCCCGCGCCGCAGCUGCCCUUUGAUCAGCGGGCAGCCGCCAGGCAGGAUCAGCAGCUGACAGCUGCGAUGCAGCGGUACUUGGCCCACAAGGCGGACCUCCAUCUCCAGCAGCAACGGCGGGUACAGCAACAGCAGCAGCAGGAGCAGCAGUGCCAGGUGCAGCCGCCCAGGCCCCGGACCGGCUCCCGGUUUGAGGUCCUGGCCACGCUGGGGGGACAGGACGGGGCGGGCGAUUGCGCUGCCACGGCGGCGCCCGGGCGUGGGCGACGGGUGCAACCAGCCGCGCAUGCACCGCCGCCGCCGCCGCAGCAACAGCCCCGCUCCAAAGGGCGCGGUGGCCCCGCCCAGCUCCCGCAGCAGAGGGCAGGGCGCUUGGGCGGCGGGCUGCCUCCCCCGCAGGACGGUGCUAGCUCGCCGCCGCGCGUGCCCACUGGGCGGCCGGCCGGGGGACAGCAGGCUGGUGGGGGCAGCGGGUCGGGGCGCCAGGGUGGAGGAGCGGGACAGGCAGUGCCCCAGCCGCCGCCCCAGGCGCGGCCGCCACUGCAGACGUCACAACCGGCGGGUGGUGGUAAGGGCAGGGGCAGGGGCCUGGGCGCGCCGGCUGGGGUUUCGGCCAACACGCCUGGGCGCGCGGGUGGGGGUGCGGGCAGUGAGGUGGAGUACGGGGCCGUUAGCCUGACCCGGGACACGUGUGUUGCCAUCGGCUCUGACCUCGUGACGCACCAGAACCGCUGCGCAGAUGUGCAGGGGUUUGAGUGGGCGCAGUUGGGCCACGACACGCUUGGUGGCCGCCUCCUCGCCUACCUCCGUGACCAGGGCGCCACCGUACCGGACUGGGCCGUCUGCCGCGUGCCGGCUGGCCGUACCGCCGUCCUGGCACAGCUGCACGACGAGUUCACUGGCUGGUGGCGCCUAUACUCAGCCCAGCCUGCAGACACGCCCCUGCCUUCCGACGUGACGGAGCAGCUGGAUGACGCCGCGCAGCAGGUGCAGACGGCCUACAUGGACUACGUGCUCCUAGACGCCCGCACCCUGCGGUCCGCUAAGCGUGGGCCGGCGGACCCCGGCGGGGCCAGCGGGCCCAGCCGCCGGCAACGCCAGCACCGCAGCCGCAGUACCUCCAGCCUCAUGAGCCUGGGCAGCGCUCCAUUGCGCCCCGGCGGCGCCAGCUCAGGAGCCGCUAGCAUGAGCACCAGCAGCGGCGGCGCGCCCCCCAGCCAGGGUGGCGGCCGCCGCGGCAAACGCCACAUCAGCAACAGCAACCGCAACCGCCACGGCGCUGCCGUGGCCGGUGCCCCGCAACUUGCCAGCCUCCUCGCCCAGUUCAGUCUGGUGGACCCUUGGGCGAGCAAGCGUGGCGGCGCCAAGGGCUACACGCAUCCGGCCACGCCCAAGCCGGCCACUCCCGCACGCCUGGAUCGGUGGUAUGUCAGUGCCACCGCGGCGCCGUGGGUGGUGGAUGUCGCUCGCACGUAUGGGGCGCCUGGGGACCACAACGGUGUGCUGCUCACCCUGUCCUUGCCCGACCUGCCACAUGCGCACCGGGAGCAGUGGCGCUUCCCCACAUACCUGCUGUUUCACCCCUCACUGCGUCUGGAGCUCGAGCAGCGCUUGGAGGCGCACGUUGCCGCAAAUCCCGUGGCCAGUACAGGUGACGGCGCUUGCACGCAAUGGGAGGCGGACAAGUUCUUCUUGCGGGAGGCCGCCACCAGCAUCCACCGUCGGCAUGCACGCCAGACCCGGGAUGGGCUGCAUGGCGUGGUGCUGGCCGCAGACACGGCCGCUGCCCUGGCCGACCGGCCGGGUGCCAGCGCCGCGCAGCGUCAGGCUGCGGCCAUGGCCAACUUGGCAGUGCGGGAGGAGCGGGCAGCUGCCGCAGCGGCCAGCCACAAUGCCCGCGCUGCACUGAUGGAGGAGCAUGGGGAGCGGGGCACUCGCUGGUUCCAUCGGCAGGCUGACGAGCCAGCAGCCGGCGCGCAGGAGCCCAUCACGCACUUGAAGGUGCCGGGGCAACCGGCGCCUGUGGCGCUCACGGGGCCGGGCACGCGCAACACUGUCUCAGCAGCCGCCGCAGCCAUGUACAGCAGCACCAGCCCCACCGGCCUGUUCCGCGUGCAGCCGGUCUGUACGGCGUCGCAGCAACAGCUUCUGGCGGCCAUUGACCGCAAGGUUCCGGCGGAUCUGCAGGCCGCCGCAGAGGGGUCCGGGGACGGCGCCCUCAGUGAUGCCGAGCUGAUGGCAGCGCUGGCUGGCUCCGCCAAUGGUAAAGCACCUGCACUAUAACAACGGGAAACCGCGUCUGGGCGCGUCUGGGCCGCGUCUGACCUGUGAGACGCGGUGUCAGACGCGCCGAGACGCUGCGCGUUAAGGGGGAAACGCGGGGGAGACGCGGGAGAGACGCGAUGGGGACGCAACCAGAAACAG